AAGAGGCAAGUGAAAAAUGUCACUCUCAUCAUCGUCAUCUCCAUCAAUGCCUGCAGCAGCAGAGCCGCAGCUGAAGCGGGUGGUGGUGUGCGGAGGCGGCGUUAUUGGCAUAUGCACCGCCUUUUUUCUAGCGAAGAAGGCCGCCGCUUCUGUCUCCAUUACCGUCGUUGAGAAAUCCUCCGUCGCUUGCGCUGCAUCCGGCAAGGCCGGAGGUUUCCUCGCCCUCGACUGGUGCGACGGAGGACCCCUCUCAGAGCUAGCCCGAACCAGCUUCAAUCUCCACCGCUCCCUGUCCGCCGAACUGGACGGGCCCACCGCAUAUGGCUACCGCCCUCUCCGCACCCUCUCCCUCUCCCUCUCCGCCUCUACCAGCCCUUCCUCUACUCGUAAACCCGCCCAUAUCAUACCGGAUUGGGUUGAUGGUCCUGUCCGAAAUGCAUCUACAAUCGGGACCGUUGAAACCACAGCACAGGUCCACCCUCAGCUCUUCACCCGCACGCUGAUGGCUGAAGCCAAGGCCAAGCAUGGGGUGGAGGUGGUGACUGGAGAGGUGGAGCGCGUAGAGGUGGAGGGUGGCCGAGCGACGGCGGUGGUGCUUAAGGAGGAAGGUGGAAGGCCGGCGGUCCUUCCGGCAGAUGCGGUGGUUCUGGCACUUGGGCCUUGGUCGUGCCGGCUGGUGGUGAUCUCGUCACUCUUCCGAGUGUCCGGUCUUAAAGCUCAUAGCAUUGUUCUGAAGCCGAGAAACCCAGAUGCAAUAACGCCAGACGCCCUGUUCCUCAAUUACCAUCCCAGCCAUGGAGGGAAAGCUCUUGAUCCUGAAGUAUAUCCAAGACCGACGGGGGAGGUGUAUUUGUGCGGAAUGUCAAAAGAUGCCAAGGUUCCAGAUGAUCCGGAGCAGAUAGAGGGGGAUGAGGAAUCUAUAAGAAUGCUGCACAAGAUAGCUGGCGAGGUAUCAAGUCAUUUGGGGGAAGGGGAGGUGGAAGUGCGGGCAGAACAGGCAUGCUUCUUGCCGUGCACUGAUGAUGGCCGUCCUGUGAUCGGAGAGAUGCCUGAUAUCAAGGGAUGUUAUGUGGCGACAGGGCACAGCUGCUGGGGCAUACUGAAUGGACCAGCAACUGGAGCUGCCAUGGCAGAGCUCGUGUUGGAUGGCCAAGCUAGCACUCUAGAUCUCUCGCCAUUCAGUCCUGCCAGAUUUCUCAGUGGUAGCCGUAGAAGGCAACAUGCAUAGAGGGAAAAUUUUCAAAUGAAUCUCUUCAUUUCAUCCAAAUAUAAGUUGUUGGAAUGUAGCAUGAUGGAAUGAUAUGAACUGAAAGAAUCAGGAGUCUAUAAUCGUUUUCAAACAGUUCUUUCGGAUCA